GCUGCCAGCCGCUCCCAUCUCAUCCCCAUUGCAUCCACCGUGCACCGUUCCACGCCCUAUCCUUCCCUUCUCAUCAACGGUCCACAUCCACCUCUUCAAAUCUCGCAGAACCACCGUAAUUAUCGCUCCACGACCCCUAAAAAAGGACCACGAAAAGCCUAAAACAACUCUUUUUCCCUCUCUAUCCCCUGUCUCUCUCUCUCUCUCUCUCUCUCUCUCUCUCCUCCCACCCCCUUCCUCUGCAUUUCAUCGCCUUUUCUCUCUCUAAAACCGAACCUCACCGUAGAUCCAACUCGGGGAACCCCUCUCUCUCUCUCUCGAUCUCUCGAUCUAACAGCAAUGGCGGUCGCACCAACGCCGCGCGAAGAGAACGUGUACAUGGCAAAGCUGGCGGAGCAGGCAGAGCGGUACGAGGAAAUGGUGGAGUUCAUGGAGAAGGUCUCGGCGGCCGUCGAGAACGAAGAGCUUACUGUCGAGGAGCGGAACCUACUCUCCGUGGCUUACAAGAACGUGAUCGGGGCUCGCCGGGCCUCUUGGAGGAUCAUUUCCUCCAUCGAGCAGAAGGAGGAGAGCCGCGGCAACGAGGACCACGUUUCCAUGAUCCGCGACUACAGAUCUAAGAUCGAGAACGAGCUCUCCUCGAUCUGCGACGGUAUACUACGCCUCCUUGACUCGAGGCUUAUUCCUUCAGCUUCUUCUGGUGAUUCGAAGGUGUUUUAUCUGAAGAUGAAGGGAGAUUACCAUCGGUAUCUUGCCGAGUUCAAGACUGGUGCGGAGCGGAAGGAGGCCGCUGAGAGCACUCUCACCGCCUAUAAAGCGGCGCAGGAUAUUGCAAAUGCUGAACUCGCUCCAACACACCCUAUCCGGCUGGGAUUGGCUCUUAACUUCUCUGUCUUUUAUUAUGAGAUUUUGAACUCUCCCGAUCGUGCUUGUAAUCUUGCCAAACAGGCUUUUGAUGAAGCCAUUGCCGAGUUGGAUACCUUGGGGGAGGAGUCAUACAAGGACAGCACUUUGAUAAUGCAACUUCUUCGUGAUAACCUGACACUGUGGACCUCCGACAUGCAGGAUGAUGGGGCAGAUGAGAUUAAAGAAGCACCCAAGCAUGACGAGCAGCAGUGAGGUUACUUGUUUUCGUAUUAGGAUUCCCCCUUCUCCUCAGUUUGUUUUUAAUGGGAGAAGGUGCUUGUUGCUAAUUCCUCCUAUUCUGAGUUGUUAGGUGUUAUUUUCUUUAUUACUGGAUCAUGGAUGUACUGCAUUUUAUUUUAUCAUUUUUAAUUUUGAGUCUUUGAAUUUCUUUAUUUCUCUCAAGAUGCUGAAGUUUAAUUGUUGCAUUGGGAAUAUUAAUUUCCCAUUUCCUUUUGCUAAAAAAUUGCCAUCAUAUCUUAUUCGAACUAUUAAGUUUAAGCUUGUCAUAUCCAAUUUCAUGUUAUGGAAUCUCUUUUUUGCUUCUGCAUUAAAUUUCUUCCCGUCUUGGGAGUAUUAAAAUUCUCUCUUAUUUUUAGAGUGCCUUCUACCUCCCUCUUAUAUACAGCAACAGCCUGAAUUGCCCUCUCCAUGACAGCAUGCGUCUUUUGUGGGUUGUAGGGAAGUUAUGUAUUUCAAUUUAAAGGGCCCAUGUUUUAUAUAAUAGCCAUUUUAUUUACUCCCCUUAUCCAGGCUGGUUUUCUCAUGACCAGUUUCUAAAAAUUGUUAGAACAGCGUUCCUUCAAUGUGUAGGUCCUUUUAUUUGCUUGUGUUAACACUGAGGCUUGGAGGUGUGCUCUUUCCUGUUUGUAUAUGUUUUUUGCUAUUCAACACUUGAACCUCUUUUCUACGUUGCCUUUGACUUAUGUUGAUUCCAGUGGAAGUUUCUAGGUAUAAUCUUUUCCAAUUGCAUUCAGGCAGGGCCUUGUGGUUUGGUGCGGUUAUUGCCUUCUGAUUUGGAUUGUAAAGCUUCCUGUGUAUUUGUAUUGGUGCAUGGAUCUACCGUGUGGUAGUGGUUGCAUUAGUUUUACUUGGAUUGGUGCAUAGAUCUGCAGCUCUUUUUAGGGGGAUUUCAUAUGCUACUGUCUGGUUAAUGGGUUAUGCAAGUAUGAACACUUUUCUGGUUUUCUAGGUGGUGGUUAGGGGGGGUGGGGGUGGGGGUGGGCGUGGGGAUUACAAAAAGAGAAAGGUGGUGUUUGUUGAAGGGAUUGAUCAUGUAUUAUGAGUUUGACUUGUCAUUACAGAGGGAUUUUUCAUGUAAAAGCAGGGUGAGGAUGACGGCUGCAUGUUUGUUCCAUGUCCUCAGUUUGCCUUAUUCUUCACCCUUAGCUGGUUGUGGGUUCUACUAGGUCGUCCUUAUUUAUUUAUUUUAAUCGUCUACGUUUAUGUUUCUUCUGUUUAAAAAGCCCCCUGUUUCAAAUUUUCUAGCCCGUUAAAAAGUGGGGAAAACCCUGUCUUAUUUUUGGUCUCAGCUGGGGAGAACCUAGUCUAUACCCCCCAAUUGUGGGCGUGCAGCAACAAUGGGCAUGAUUAAAUCACAUGAUCAAAUUUUGUCGAAGAUGGAUGGGAGUUUUGUCAUUGUUUUUCAGCAUCCCAUCACAUAAUGAAUUAGACCUUUUUGUUUGCUGUUCAAGGGGACUUGCAGGAUAGACUGAAAUUGAGAAAAACGGAUUUCAAUUUGUAAUUUGAUUUUUUCACGUUCUUUCUUUAGAUUGUGUGCAGUCUCUCUCGGUCCCUUUGAAUAACGGGUUGACAGUUGAGGUCUCGACUCCGGACUAAACAGUGUUCCUGCCUGUGCGUGCAUAUUGGGCGGCCUGAGAAAUCGUGAAUGGUCAAUGCUGGAAGAUAAUGCGCCUAUUUUUUUAAUGAGGAUAGUCCAGAGGGCAUAAUGAUUUUGACUGAUACUGGUUUGGCGUGUUCACUGGGCGUGAAUAUAUAUAUAUCCCCUAAAUCCGAACAAAUCUAGUGGAUGGCACAAGCGAACUGCAAUUAUGUUUUUUAUUCUUUUUGAAAAAUGUUAAUUUUAUAUGCGUUUAUAGUUAGUUAUAAGUAGAUAAAUUUUGUUAAAUAGUAAGAGGAAAAUCAUACUUGAGCAGAGUACGCAUUUGAUAUCAAAUAAUAUGAGCAAUAUUAUAUUCA